AUGAGGCUCGCCACAACCCUCCCCUUCCUCACCCUCGCCACGGUGUCCCCCAACCUCCCCCAGGCCCAACCCAGACAAGAAGCAGCCACCGCAACAGCCUCGCCAACACCAACCCGCACUACCACAUCCCCUUGCGAGCAAAGCUACUCAUCCCUCAACCGUGACCGGCCCACCCAACACCCCGACCUCAUCCCAAGCAUGCUAGACGACUUCUCCACCGGCCAAUCCACCAUUACCGACCUCAGCGCGCAGUGCUCCUGGGCGCAAAACUGGUCCCGCACCGCAGCCGGCACAGUCAUCAGCAGCUGGAACGCGGCGCACAGUUCCUGGAUCUCGAAGCACAAAGUUGACGUGACAAACUUCGCGGUUGAAUGUGCGACGGUGUUUGACGAAGUGGACACGGUAGCGAUUAUGCUUGCGCAUGCGGCUACUGAUGUGGGGGGUUGUGUUACUGCGCAGAGGGUGCUGAAUGGCGAGCUGAGUCCGGGUGGUUUGGUGGAGGUUUUGGGGGCUGCUCCGGCUGGGAGUGCGGGUGGUGAUGAGGGGGAUGAUGGGGAGGAGACUGAUGACGAUAGGGAAAGGGGGGCUAGUACCACUAGCACGACGAGCACCAGUACCGCUAGAGCAGCAAGGGAGACUGGUUAUGUGAUGGGUGUGGCGGCUGUGGGGGUUGCUGUUGCGGGUAUGAUGGGCGGCUUGUAG